GAUUUGUCAUACAAUCCAUUUACAGUUUCUACUUGACAUAUAAAUGAAAUAAGGACUUGUAGCAUAAUAGAUGUUUAGUAGCUUAAGAGGAGCAUGAUCCUUCUUCUUUUUGUCUUGAUCUUUCUCUUCGCUUAAUUGGCUUAUAGCUAAAAAAUUUUUUUAAUCACCAUGAACUUGCGUGACGCGCGAAUCACGACGAUUACACAGAAUUUUGAUCUUUCUACAUUAAUUGCUCAUAAUAAUUGCGCCAAACGCCAAAUCAAUUACAUCUCUCACUAUUUCACCAUGAUAUUUCAAGAUUCAAUGAUACAUAUCAUUGUAAACGUGGUGACAACAAAAUAUGAAUGAUUGUUUGUGGGAAAUCGAUGGUUGAGCACACAAAUUUUCGAAUUGAUUGCGACUGUUCGAACACAGACAGUAUACAGUAUGUACAAUGGGAAAAAUCUAUCCCUCGGAAGAAUUUUGAUAAAUCUCGGUCAUUGUGUUUGAUCGACUAGUCGGUAGGUAGCAGCAAAACGAGUGGCAUGCAUGCUGAAACACAUCCGCGCUUCGUCUUUAAUAAUAGAUAAAAACCGUAGGCAUUCGUGCCGGAAAAAGAACAGAAACCGAGAACAUCCUAACAGGGGGAGAGAGAGAGAGAGAGAGAGAGAGAGAGAGAGAAGGAGAGAGAAAAAGUAGCAGCUUCCAGUUUGGCCGAUGCUGAUGGAAUUAAGUUUGACGCGCUUCAAUUUUAUUAUCAAUUGUAUCUCAAUCUCAGAUGAUUCGAGCGACUGAAUUGAUUAAUAUGAAGAAUAUCAUCCAGAGAGUAUUAUGAAAAAAAAAUAGAGAGAAAAAGAGAAAUAGAAAGAUUAUUCAUAUUAUUUCUACUAUAAUCGGUGUGUGCGAAAGAGCGAUGUGGUUCGAAUCGUCUCUCUGUAUCGUAAGUGAGUGAUCACAUUUCUAUGGAAAUUUCUAACAAUUUUCAUUAAAUGAAAGUGAUUACGUUAUUAAUUAUUGUCCAAAAGUUAAAUGACAAUUUUUUCUUUGUAUGAUUCGCACGUGGCGUAUAUAGUGGCCUCGGAUUAAAAAUAGCCGGCGGUGCGGAUGAUUCCGGAUGCGACACGAUGCGACGAAAGGACGAGAGAUGUAUUUAAGUAUUCCUUGGAAAUGAUGAAUCCGUUGCCAUCGAUGCAAAGAAGCUUGUUGGGAUUAAUGGUGCUGACGAUCGUCGGCCUGACGACUUUCCUGCUCAGCAGAAAACUCACGCUGGAAACACGCAGACGGGAUGGCCUGCUUCUCGAUACGAUCGCUAACAUCAGCGGCCACCUGGAUCGACUCGACAGCGGCUUCGAUGAUAUCGCCUCGCAGUCGGAAAUUGCGCGGAAUCGCCUGCUGCAACUGGUCGCGCUUCAUCGAGAGAAUCUCUUGAUGUGUGCGUUACUCGGUGAGAAACGGAGACGGAAGUCAAGCGGACAUCUUUCCGUCAGCGGAAAAGCAACGAGGAGAAGAAGAAAACGACGUUCGUCGUUACGCAUCGUCAUUGGCGAUUGACAUAACCGAUUCGACGAAAAACGUUAUACCUAUAAUUUUGACGUAAUGAUAGGAGUUGGCGAGUUGUGUUAGAUCGAUCAAAUUUGUAUUAUUGGCGAAUUGUGCCAAGUUUUAUCCAGUGUACGAGUGCAGAGGACAGCUUAAUCUUAAUAUAUCUUGACGCAAUUAUUUUUUUAUCAACAAAUAUGUGCGUUAAAAAUUUUUUGUUCAAUUUCAAUUUUUUUCAGACUUCCAGAAAUCCCUGUAACUAAUACGUUGUAUUUAAUUCUUUCUUUCUUUCUUUACAAAUCACUUGACUAUCGAUUUAUAAUUGAUUAAUUAAUGCAUGUAUCUGUAUCGAACUAGCAUAUAAGAACGACAAAUUAAGUUCAUGUAUAAACUUGAUAAGACAAUCAUACGUUUGUGAGUGAAUCGAAUUUCUUGAUCGAAUUACGAAAAUGCUGUUACGUAGUGUGAAACAUAUCAUAGAUAAUAGAAAUAAAUAUAUUUUUAGUGAAUAGAUAAUAGAAAGAUAAUAUGCGACGAGUUGAUCACCUUACUAAACCAGAUGUUGAAGGUGGGGGGCAAUUGGGGGUACAAAUCUACGUGAUUACGAAUGAGACGCUUUGACGCAAAGUAACUUAAGAAGCGGUCGUUAAGGUCGUCGUUUAAGAUUCCGAGGUAGAUUUGUAAUAUAAAAACUACACGGCUGUGAUCAUUUGUAAUAUCAUUUGUAUCACACAAACAAUAAUAUUGUACAGACUUCGUGUACAUACGUAGAAAAGCGAAACUCGAAUUGUCUGUGAACAGUGACAAUUUGAAUUAAACUCAAACUUGAAUUGAGUUUAAAUACGGAUCGUUUGAUAUAACUUGUGUAAUAAAUAUUAUGUACGAGUUGUCGUUGUGUAAAACGUUAUCUCGCUCGAUGUUCUUACUAGCGUGCUGUAAAUAAAACUGAUUAAAAUUAUCUGUCAAAUAUGGAAGUUUACACAAGUAUCACGUAUUCGCGUUACAGUUUACCCGAUGACAAAAUGUACACACUGUUUUAGAUUCGCGACAGUAUGUAAUUUAAGUAUCUGUGCCGGAAAAGUAUCUCUUUCUUAUCGAAAGAGAGAUUUGUUUUUCAUUUGAAAAAUUUAUCGAGAAAGCUGUUGUUAAAAUACUUUUUGCGGAUGGAUCUGGGAUGUUUUGCGUACUUAUUGACUAUAUAUUUAACGGAUCUCGAUCCUAGCGAUCAUUUAAUACGUCAUGAGUCUACGCGCAAGUAUAUAAUCUGAUAUAUAAUAUAUAUAUGUGUGUGUGUGUGUGUGUGUGUGUGUGUGCGCGCGCGCGCGCGCGCGUGCGUGUGUAUGUGUGUGUAUAUUUACGAUACGCGGCGAGUUAUCAAACGGAUCAGCGUUACUCUCACUUUGUACGUAUUUUUACUUGAAUUGUACUUGUUCUUACCAGCCGUGUAUACACGCAUUCAUGCGAGCGAGGUGCGAUUCUCUCUCUCUCUCUCUCUCUCUCUCCCUCUCUCUGGCAGAGAUGUUAUAUACGUAAUUAUUUUUAUAACUCUCUUUGGAAAAAAAUGCGAAUAAAUUGUUUAGGUGGACCUUCUA